GUGACUUUCCAGUAUUUGAUUAGUGUAGAGGGGCAUGAUAAACUAAAAUUUAAACAAUUAUCGUCAGUUUUUCAGCGGCAGUCCCCGCGGAAACAGUGUCAAAAUAAUCUCGGCAUUUUCCGGCUUCAACAGGUGGUUGUGCAAAAUGAGUAAAGGAGACAUUGGACUUAUUGGUUUGGCCGUAAUGGGCCAAAACCUGAUCCUCAACAUGGCAGACCAUGGAUUCACAGUGGUUGCUUUCAACAGAUCUGUGGAAAAAGUACAUGCCUUUUUGGCCAAUGAAGCUAAGGGCAAGAGUAUCAUUGGGGCUGAGUCCAUUCAGGAUUUGGUCUCCAAAUUGAAAACUCCAAGACGUGUUAUGAUGCUUGUCAAGGCAGGUGAUGCUGUAGAUAAUUUUAUCAACCAAUUGGUGCCACAUCUUGAAAAAGGUGACAUUAUUAUUGAUGGAGGCAACUCAGAAUAUGGAGACUCUGAGAGACGUUGCAAGGAAUUGGCUGCUAAAGGAAUCAGAUUUGUUGGUGCUGGAGUUUCAGGUGGAGAAGAUGGUGCCAGAUACGGCCCAAGUUUGAUGCCAGGUGGUAACAAAGAAGCCUGGCCAUUCAUCAAAGACAUUUUCCAAGGCAUUGCAGCAAAAGCUGAUGGUCAACCUUGCUGCGACUGGGUUGGAAGCGAUGGUGCUGGACAUUUCGUUAAAAUGGUACACAACGGUAUCGAAUACGGAGACAUGCAACUCAUUGGUGAAGUAUACCACCUAAUGUUGGCAAUGGGAAUCACCCAGGACGAAAUGGCCAACACCUUCGCCGACUGGAACAAAGGAGAGCUGGACAGCUUCCUAAUUGAAAUCACCAGGGACAUUAUGAAAUACAAAGACACCGACGGUCAGUACUUGUUGCCAAAGAUUCGUGACACGGCAGGACAAAAGGGAACAGGAAAAUGGACGGCCAUCGCCUCCUUGAACUACGGUGUGCCCGUCACCCUAAUCGGAGAAGCCGUGUUCAGCCGCUGCUUGUCCGCCUUGAAAACCGAAAGGACACAGUCCAGCAAAGUGUUGCCGGGACCCAGCGAAAAGUUCAGCGGCGACAAGAAACAAUUUUUGGAAGACAUCAGACAGGCUCUGUACGCCAGCAAAAUCGUGUCGUACGCCCAAGGUUUCAUGCUGCUUCGUGAGGCCGCCGCCGUCCACAACUGGGACCUGGACUACGGCAGCAUCGCCCUCAUGUGGCGUGGCGGUUGCAUCAUCAGAUCGGUGUUCUUGGGACAGAUCAAGAACGCCUUCGACAAAGACCCCAGCCUGAACUCCCUGCUCCUGGCUCCGUUCUUCUUGGAAGCCAUCAAGAAGGCGCAAACUGGGUGGAGAAACGUCGUCUCCACCGCCGUGCGACUUGGUGUACCGACACCGGCUCUGGCCACCGCUUUGGCGUUCUAUGACGGUUACCGCUCCGAAAGGUUGCCCGCCAACCUUCUUCAGGCCCAACGUGACUACUUUGGUGCCCACACGUACGAACUUCUUGGCAAAGAAGGCAAAUUCGUGCACACCAACUGGACCGGACACGGUGGAAACGUUUCCGCCUCUACUUAUGAUGCUUAAAUCAACCUUUUUUUAAUAUAUAUUAUUUAUAUUGUUUAUUGUUGUAAGGAUUUUACAAAUUUUAAUUACAGUAUUUUUCAGUAA